CGAGUAGCUUGUGGCGCAUGCGCGGGCUCGUUGAGGCUGUAGGGACAGCAGGGAGCCGGAGCCGCCGAGGUGAACCUCCUAGGCUCCGCCGACGUCGCCGCGCCCUCUCCUCGCCUCUGCCGCCGCACUUUCAAGCCGUUGCCACCACCACCGCCUCUGCCGCCGGAGGAGCGGCCGCCUAUUGUCUUUCUCCGCGGCGAAGGUGCGGAGCUGCUCCGGCUCGGCCCGCGGGGGAGCCCCGGGCGCCUCACGUGUCCUGGGUCAUGAAACUUAAUCCACAACAAGCUCCAUUGUAUGGUGAUUGUGUUGUUACUGUACUGCUCUCUGAAGAGGACAAAGUUGAGGAUGAUGUAGUGUUUUACUUGGUAUUUUCGGGUUCCACCCUCCAUCACUGUACAAGUACUCGGAAGGUCAGUUCUGAUACGCUGGAGACCAUUGCUCCUGGUCAUGACUGCUGCGAGACGGUGAAGGUGCUGCUCUGUGCUUCCAAAGAGGGCCUGCCUGUGUUUGUGGUGGCGGAAGAAGACUUCAGGUUCAUCCAGGACGAGGCCUACGAUGCAGCCCAGUUCCUGGCAACCAGUGCUGGAAAUCAGCAGGCUCUGAACUUCACCCGUUUCCUGGAUCGGUCAGGACCCCCGUCCACGGAUGUGAAUUCCCUUGAUGAGAAGGUUUCCCUGGCGUUCAGGCACCUGAAGCUGCCAGCAGAGUGGAAUGUGUUGGGAACAGAUGCAGCUUCGCAUGAUGGUGGCCCCCGAGAGACAUUGAUGCAUUUUGCUGUGCGGCUGGGGCUGCUGAGGUUGACGUGGUUCCUGUUGCAGAAGCCAGGUGGCCGCGGAGCUCUCAGCAUCCACAACCAAGAAGGAGCGACCCCUGUGAGCUUGGCCUUGGAGCGGGGUUAUCACAAGCUGCACAGGCUUCUAACUGAGGAGGAUACUGGAGAACCAGACUCCUGGAGCAGUUUAUCCUAUGAAAUCCCUUACGGAGACUGUUCUGUGAGGCAUCACCGAGAGCUGGACGUCUAUACGUUAACCUCUGAGUCUGAACCACACCAGGAACCCCCACUUCCUGGAGACAGUUGCACUGGACAUAUUUUUAAACUUAUGAACAUCCAACAGCAGCUAAUGAAAACAAACCUCACACAGAUGGACAGUCUUAUGCCCUCAGUGGUGACAGCACAAGAACCUUCAAGUCUGCCCAGUGACCAAGAUACAGAUGGUCAGUUUCUUCCCUGUGCAUCAGAGCCCACAGCCAGCCAGCAGCUUGCUUCUCCUGAAGGUGCUGAGAGCUCUCAGUGCUGCCAUGGGAGCACUGUGGGGCAGACUGAAAGUUCCUAUGAUUUGUCAAGUGUGGUUAAGGAAGAGAAUACAGACUCUUCCUGUAGGAAGAAAAAUACAGGCGUGGAGAGAAAAGGAGACGAGGUGGAGCCAGCACCUAUCGUGGACUCUGGGACUACGUCUGAUCCUGACAGCUGCCGUCAGAGCACACCUGAUUGCAAAGGAAAGGACACAGAAGGCCUUCCAUCCUGUGGAGUCAGAAAUGAAGAAACUGGAACAAAAUCUUCGGCAAUGGCCACAGACCAGGAGUCUCCAGGCAGUGGAGGCCACGUCCUGCAGGGAGGCGUAGCCCUGGAGCCCGGCAUGGCCCAGUCUUUCUCUGGAGGUGGACUGGUGGUCCCAUCACCAGCAGGUGCCAGCGUCCCAGACACUGCAAGGGAAACGGAACGCAGUCUCGUGAACCCAGAGGCCACCAUCCAGAGGAAUGUGCUUGCAGCAGGGGAGAGUAUGAAGGAAAGAUUUGAGGACUCCAAUAUCAGCACAGCUGGAGCCUCUGACCUAAAAGUCACAGACGAGCCUAUGGAUAAAGCCAGUGUUCCAAAUGGUGUCUCUGCCUCUGGCUCCCUGGUUGCUGACAAGCCUGCUGAGUCUUUACUUGUCGUUAGUGAUGAAGAAACUGCCAUUGAUGAAAACACUGCAGAAACGGAAACUUCUAGAAGUUGUGAAGAGAGUGCUGAUGCUCCAGGGGCUCAGAACUCUCAGUUAAUUCUAGCUGCUGCAAAAGAUGAGAUUUCAGAAGGCCUCGAACUUGACACUCCCUUAGCCAGCAUGUGUGUGGCGUUGUCACCCUCUGAUUUAACCUUUCCCAGGCCGCAAAAAGAUGUUAUGCCAAACCAGAAAUCAGAAACGGAUUCGUCUCAUGUUCAAAGCCAAAACAGCAAAUCACCCGUCUGUUCUACAACUGGAGAUGAUAAACUUUGUGCUGCCUCUGCAUGUCGACAGAACACGGGGACUUCUAGUGGUGUGUUGGCUGUAGAACACUGUGAUGACAUAGUUACCCAGCCUGAAGGCACCACCACAGGGCUGCUCAACACACAACCACUGCCCACUGCCAGCCGCUUGGAAGGCCCACAGGCUAACACGGUCACCCCUGACCCUGAUGGAGACACCCAGGAACAUGUGGAUUUUUGUCCUCUCCAAGUUUUGGAUAAAGAAAGCCAAGGAAAAGAUUCGAAACUAGAAACAUCUUUAGCAAAUAUGCUUGAGGUAGUUCCACAUCCACAUGCUCUUGUCCCCAAAGCUGAGAAAGAACGGGUGUCAGACCAGGCAGUGACAUCAGGCAGGACUUUCUCUCUGCCAGGCAGUCCCGGCAGUGAAUCAGUAACCAAAGAUGACGCAUUUUCUCUUGUCCCCUCCUCCCAGAAUGAAAAAGGAACAGCAACUCUUGAACCACAUACAGACUGUAGAGAUGGCCCAGAUGGAGAUUCGAAUGAUCUGGAGAAGCAGCCAGCAGAAGACAGUGUAGCGGGCCUGUGCACACCCUCCUCUGCUCUAGAUCUUCAGCCCAGCAUGGGCAAUACCAGUCCCGUAGGACCUGGUGCGGAGUGUGAGCGUCCCUGCCUCUCAGCAGACCCUGAAGUCCUGAAUAUCGUCGAGGGGGUCACUGACUCUUCCCUGCUCCAUGUGGGUCAGGCCGCUUUGGCCUCUGAUUCCGCUUUGACUGAAGAAGGGAAAGAUCAGGUGGUUCCAGAGAGCACUGCAGCUCAGGGACCAGAAGACAAGGAUAAAGCAGUGACCUGUUCCUCCAUUAAGGACACUCUUCGUUCAGGAACGUUGCAGGAAGAGCCGAGAACACCACCCCCUGGACAAGAGGCCCCGGGAUUCCAUGAAGAACCUGGCUCAGCUGUCUGUGAUGAGGACAGAGCUCCUCGGAACGGCAAUUCACUGGGCACACCCUUGGCCUGUCUUCACGCAGAAACUAAACAUAACAAGGAAGUGGCCCCACCAGUCGCACAGCUGAUUGAAGGUGGGGCUGCACAGAGCCUGGUGCCACCAGGAGCAAGUCUGGCUGCAGACUCAAGCCAGGAGGCCUCAGGUACAGAGCAGAAGAGCUCACCUCCAUUGCCAGAUCUGUUACCAGAUGGGUUCGAGGUUCUUAAUUGUGAGCAAUCUUCUGCUCUGGAUGUUGAGGUGAAAAACACUCAGUCCCAGGGGAAGACCGCUGCUUGUGAGGUGAGUGGAAAUGCGGCAUUGGAUGGUGCCGUGGUCGGUGCUCUGCCAGGCACCACUGGGACCGGGAGAAAGGAUAUACCACACAACGCUCCAGACAUCCAGAUUCCGCAGGUCUCUUCGAGCCAGGAGAAGAAUAUGAUCCUGGGUUUGCCGGGAGCUUUACCGGACAAAGGUGUGACUGACCCUCAGGGCGCCGCACCCCCAGAGGUCGUGUCCCUGGGUUGGGAGAAGGGGAAGGUGGGGGGAGCAGAUGGCAGCCGUAGCACAGGCGACUCCAAGGAGACACAGGUGGAUGAGGAAGCGCAUCACGUCCCGCCGCAGCCUGCUGCCAAAGAGCACCCCACAGAGACGGAGCUCUCAAGCCGUGGUGACAAGGCCCCAGGCAGGGGAAGGGAUGCUGCCCCUAUGCCGUGCACCGUCGCUGCCAAAGCCGUGCUUCUGCCUGAGACAGCAGACUUGAUUGAGGAGGCUGCGAGUCGCCUAGUGGAUGCUGUCAUAGAACGAGUCAAGGCCUCGGGAGAACUGAUGACAGAGGGGGAAAUCAGUCACAUGUCACUGCCCUGUCCUUCUGAGGCGGGCCCAGGGGCCGAACAGCUGGAGAGUGCUUCUGCAGGGAAGGCGAGUGCUUUCCAGCCUGCGGAGACCCUGCCAAUGGGCAGUAGUCGUGGAGAAGCCUCUGGGAACCUUGCAGGAUGCUUUGCUGGAAGGGAGGAGCCAGAGAAGAUUAUUCCGCCUCUCCAGCGACCAACUCCGGCAACAGAAAUGCCAGACACGAAAGCUGAAGAUGAAGUGGAUUUUCUGAGUAAUACCAAGGAGAGUUCAGUUUCUGAAGAGGUGGCUGUAGGAAACGUAGCUUCUACGCCGGAGGUGAAACAAGGCCCGAAGACCCAGGCGAUAAACCGAGAAAGUUGGUGUGCCAUUGAGCCAUGCCCAGAUGCAGCAUCUCUCUUGGCUCCGACGCAGAGCGCAGAAUGUGAUAACUUCCUGGAUGUUGGAUUGAGCAGAGAGUGUGCCUCAAAACAAGGUGUCCUUAAAAGAGAAUCUGGGAGUGAUUCUGACCUCUUCCACUCACCCAGUGAAGAAGUGGACAGCAUUAUCUUCUCCAAGCCUGAGGAAGAACAGUUGGCCUGUGAUAUCACUGGAUCCAGUUCCUCCACCGAUGACACAGCGUCCUUGGAUCGGCAUUCUUCUCAUGGCAGUGAUGUGUCCCUCCCCCAGAUUUCAAAUUUGAACAGGUCCAGAGACCAGCAAUGUCUUGAUGGUUUCUACAACCAUGGGGUGGGAGCUGAGGGUCGAGAGAGUGAGAGUGAGCCUGCUGGCUCAGGUGAGAUGGAAGAGGAGGAGAUGGACAGCAUCACUGAAGUGCCUGCGAACUGCUCUGUCCUGAGGAGCUCUAUGCGCUCUCUGUCCCCUUUCCGGAGGCACAGCUGGGGUCCUGGGAAGAACACAGCCAGUGAGGCAGAAAUGAACCACCGGAGUUCAAUGCGAGUUCUUGGGGAUGUUGUCAGGAGACCUCCCAUUCAUAGGAGAAGUAUGAGCUGGUGUCCUUCUGGUGUGCAAUACUCUGCUGCUCUGAGUGCUGACUUUAAUUACAGAAGUUUCAGUCUAGAAGGCUUGACAGGAGGAGCUGGUAUUGGAAACAAGCCAUCCUCAUCUCUGGAAGUAAACUCUUCGAACACCAAAGAGCUCAGACACCCUUUUAGUGGCGAGGAAAGGGGUGACUCGUUGGUGUCACUUUCAGAAGAGGAUCUGGAAUCAGGCCAGAGAGAACAUAGGAUGUUUGAUCAGCAGACAUGUCACAGAUCUAAACAACAGGGAUUUAAUUACUGUACAUCAGCCAUUUCUUCUCCAUUGACAAAAUCCAUCUCAUUAAUGACAAUCAGCCAUCCUGGGUUGGACAAUUCACGGCCCUUCCACAGCACCAAUGCUAAUCUGACUGAGAGUAUAACAGAAGAGAACUUUAAUUUCCUGCCACAAAGCCCCUCCAAGAAAGACUUUGAAGGGAAGAGUGGAACAAAAGUCAGUCGUACGUUCAGCUACAUCAAGAAUAAAAUGUCCAGCAGUAAGAAGAGCAGGGAAAAGGAAAAGGAGAAAGAUAAAAUUAAGGAGAAGGAGAAAGAUGCCAGAGAGAAGGAGAAGGACAAGAAGACUCUGAACGGGCACACUUUCAGUUCCAUCCCUAUUGUGGGUCCCAUCAGCUGUAGCCAGUGCACGAAGCCGUUCACCAACAAAGACGCCUAUACUUGUGCAAAUUGUGGUGCUUUUGUCCACAAAGGCUGUAGAGAAUGUCUGGCCUCCUGUGCAAAGGUCAAAAUGAAGCAGCCCAAAGGGAGCCUUCAAGCCCAUGACACAUCUUCGCUACCCACGGUCAUUAUGAGAAACAAGUCCUCCCAGCCCAAGGAGCGCCCUCGGUCUGCAGUCCUCCUGGCCGAUGAAACCACUGCCGUCCCCAUGUUUGCCAACAGACGGUCCCAGCAGAGUGUGUCGCUCUCCAAAAGUGUCUCCAUUCAGAACAUUGCUGGAGUUGUCAAUGAUGAAAACAUAUCAAACACCUGGAAAUUCCUGUCUCAUUCAACAGACUCACUAAAUAAAAUCAGCAAGGUCAAUGAGUCAACAGAGUCCCUUACUGAUGAGGGAGUAGGUACAGACAUGAAUGAAGGGCAGCUAAUGGGAGACUUUGAGAUUGAGUCCAGACAGCUGGAAGCAGAGUCCUGGAGUCAGAUCGUGGACAGCAAGUUUCUGAAACAGCAAAAGAAAGAUGUGGUCAAACGGCAAGAAGUGAUUUAUGAGCUGAUGCAGACGGAGUUCCACCAUCUCCGCACACUGAAGAUCAUGAGCGACGUGUACAGCCGGGGCAUGACGGCCGACCUGCUCUUUGAGCAGCAGAUGGUGGAGAAGCUCUUCCCCUGUUUGGAUGAGCUGAUCAGUAUCCAUAGCCAGUUCUUUCAGAGGAUCCUGGAGCGGAAGAAGGACUCUCUGGUGGAUAGAAGUGAAAAGAAUUUUCUCAUCGAGAGGAUUGGGGAUGUGCUUGUGCACCAGUUUUCAGGAGAGAACGCAGAACGCUUAAAGAAGACAUAUGGCAAGUUUUGUGGGCAGCACAACCAGUCUGUAAACUACUUCAAAGACCUCUAUACCAAGGAUAAGCGUUUUCAGGCCUUUGUGAAGAAGAAGAUGAGCAGUUCAGUCGUACGGAGGCUUGGAAUCCCAGAGUGUAUAUUGCUUGUAACCCAACGGAUCACCAAAUACCCGGUUUUGUUCCAAAGAAUAUUGCAAUGUACCAAAGAGAGUGAAGUGGAACAGGAAGAUCUAGCUCAGUCCCUGGGCCUGGUGAAGGGUGUGAUUGGAGCUGUGGACAGCAAAGUGGCGAGUUAUGAAAAGAAGGUCCGUCUCAAUGAGAUUUAUACAAAGACAGAUAGCAAGUCGAUCAUGAGAAUGAAGAGCGGUCAGAUGUUUGCCAAGGAGGAUCUGAAGCGGAAGAAGCUCGUGCGGGAUGGGAGCGUGUUUCUGAAGAGCACGACAGGGAGGUUGAAAGAGGUUCAAGCGGUCCUGCUUACUGACAUUUUAGUUUUCCUUCAAGAAAAAGACCAGAAAUACGUCUUUGCGUCAUUGGACCAGAAGUCGACGGUGAUCUCUCUAAAGAAGCUGAUUGUAAGAGAGGUAGCACACGAGGAGAAAGGUUUAUUCCUAAUCAGUAUGGGGAUGAAAGUUCCAGAGAUGGUGGAAGUCCACGCCAGCUCCAAAGAGGAGCGGAACAGCUGGAUUCAGAUCAUCCAGGACACGAUCAGCACCCUGAACAGAGAUGAAGAUGAAGGAAUUCCUAGUGAGAAUGAGGAAGAAAAGAAGAUGUUGGACAUCAAAGCUCGGGAGUUAAAAGAACAACUUCAGCAAAAGGACCAGCAGAUCCUACUCUUACUGGAAGAGAAGGAGAUGAUUUUCCGGGCCAUGACUGAGUGCAGCACUCCCUUGCCAGAGGAUGGCUCCCCAACUCAAAGCUCUAGAAUCCUCUUCCGAUCCAACACAGAAGAGGCUCUCAAAGGAGGGCCUUUAAUGAAAAGUGCCAUAAAUGAGGUGGAGAUCCUUCAGGGCUUGGUGAGUGGAAGCCUGGGAGGCACACUUGGGCAGGCUGUCAGCAGCCCUGUUGAACAAGAAGGCAUGGUAGGCCCCGUUUCCUUGCCCCGGAGAGCAGAGACCUUUGGAGGAUUUGACAGCCAUCAGAUGAAUGCUUCAAAAGGAGGUGAGAAGGAAGAGGGCGAUGAUGGCCAAGAUCUUAGGAGAACAGAAUCGGAUAGUGGUCUGAAAAAGGGUGGAAAUGCUAACCUGGCAUUUAUGCUUAAAAGAAACAGUGAGCCCGUCAUCCAGAGCGUCGUCCAUCUCCACGAGCUCCUCAGCACUUUGCAGGGGGUGGUGCUGCAGCAGGACAGCUACAUCGAGGACCAGAAGCUGCUGCUGACCGAGCGGGCGCUCACGCGGACGGCGUCGCGGCCCAGCUCCCUCAUCGAGCAGGAGAAGCAGCGCAGCCUGGAGAAGCAGCGCCAGGACCUGGCCAACCUGCAGCGGCAGCAGGCGCAGCACCUGGAGGAGAAGCGGCGGCGCGAGCGCGAGUGGGAGUCCCGCGAGAGGGCGCUGCAGGAGCGCGAGGCGCGGCUGGCGCAGCGCGAGGACGAGCUCCGGCGCGGCCGCCAGGACCUGGAGCGCGAGCACGACGAGCUGCAGCAGAGGAAGGUCGCCUACCAGAGCGACCUGGAGCGCCUGCGCGCCGCCCAGAGGCAGCUCGAGCGCGAGCAGGAGCAGCUGAAGCGGGAGGCCGACAGGCUCAGCCAGAGGCCCACCGACUGUGACAUCGGCCAGGUUUCACAUCAACACACCAAGCUGCUGAGGAUCCCAUCCUUCCUUCCGAAUCCUGAGGAGACCCCCUUGCCACCGGCACCUUCCAUAGCCAAAUCAGGGUCAUUGGACUCAGAACUCUCAGUGUCCCCAAAAAGGAACAGCAUCUCUCGGACACACAAAGAAAAGGGGCCUUUUCACAUACUGGGCUCCACCAGCCAGACAAACAGAGUACCAGAGGGUCAGAGCCAGACCCCAGUGUCCACGUCCACCCGCCUGUUUGGGUUAGCUAAGCCAAAGGAAAAGAAGGAGAAAAAGAAGAAGAACAAAGGAAGCCGUUCGCAGUCCGGUGAUGUCCCUGCAUCUGAAGUACCCGCAGAGGGGGAGGAGAUCUUCUGCUGAGCCCGUUCCUCUCCGAGGCAGCCGCUUCUGUCACGCCAUGGUUACAGCCCCAACCCCUGCUGUCCUGUGCGCGCACUCUCCUACACUGAUGCCCCUGUCCUGCGGCGCCCAGCCCUCCCGCACUGCCCAGGUCCUGGACCAGAAGAACAACUGGUCUUGGGGGUCAGGGUGGGGAAGGAGGCCCAGGAUUGGCAACCCAACGCCUCUCGGGUUGGGGCCAGCCCUGCUGGGUGGUGGAUGUUACACCCAGAGUAGUGGCCCCAGAAGUCCAGGCGAUGGUUUUGGACAUGUCAGGAAUUCCUAGAGACUAAAAGAGUGUUUCCAAAUGCGGUCUGAAACUCUUACUGCCUUUUAUUUUGGGGAACAGAACCAAAAAUCAAACAGCAGAUAGGUUGGACUUCAUCUGAACACAUACAGUAGCCCAUCUGCACAUACAUGUGGAGUGCGCCGGAACUUUGCACGGUCUAUACCAGAUGCCUGCUGGGCGCAGCUCAAGCCCCGCACGAGGGGCACUGCCCGCCACCGCUCAGGGAGCGCGCACCCAGAGCCUCACCCACUCGCCCUCCCAGGCUGUCUCCCUGUAAACUCACCCCAUGCACGCCUCACCCCUUUUCGCGUGUAUCUCUCAUUUCACUUCAGAAGGGACGACAGCAUUUGUGAGAACCAGUGAGAGAGGCUUGAUGUCUUUAAAAGGCAGAUGAUCCUGAAACACCUUGAUUUUGGUGUUUCAGUCACUUUGAAAAGAGAAAAUGUAUCUAAUUUUAUCAAGUCUAAAAGAAAUCAUAUAUUGGCUUUCCAAGAUGUGUGCCCACAUGUUCUGGGCGCAGACGAAGUAGAGAGGCCUCCUCACCAUCACCCCUACGGCGUGACACAUUUUGGUUGUCACUAGCCACUCAGCAGUGGCCACGGCCUCCUGGCAGUACUCCUGAGACCUGGAGGUGUGCCCCCAGGGAAGCUGCUCCUGCGUGGCAGUCGCCGUGGGAGAGGGUGGCCCCAUCCGCGCUCCACCCGCGCAGAGACCACCUGCUUCUCCCGCUGCCAGGGCGUGCCCACCCUGUACUAGACAACUGGACGAAAAGCAGGUUCAGGUGGGUGUGUUAGGCCCAUAUGAAGCGGUUCCCACCAGUACAGACUGAGAGAAGAGCUGGCCAGAAGGUGUGGCUUGGAAAGGUCUCCUAUCAGGAGACCUGGCAAAAUUUGAUUUCUUUCAAAAGUUUUAGAAACGAAAGGCCUGUUGGUUAUUGUACUCUACCCCUUGAAGAAUCCACAGAUGCUGCCUGUUUGUUCGUUUCCUUCUCUGUUUUUCUUGUCCCACUGUGUUUUGAUCUGUAUUCCUUGAGGCUUGUCACCAGCAAGGAGGUGCAGGAUGUUUCUCCCUGAGGCCCCUGCACCUGCCACACUUGUUAACCCCCCAGGAGGGGAAACCCUGGAAAAUUCUGUGCUUUAAAUGUGGUCUUUGAUUCCUGCCUUUUGCCCCUCAGGAGCAUGGGUCUUUGAACAUACUUUUUAGAAACAAACAAAACAAUCUGUAACUUGGUGCUUGUUGAUGAAUUGCAAGCUGGCCUUGCCGAUGGAGAUAUUUAUCUUUCAGUUUAUUUGAAAGAGGUCUGGUUUAAAACUUUUAGCUUAGAUUUGUUUUAUUUAUUUGUGUGUUGUGUGCAUGUGUGUAUGUGUGUGUGUGUGUUUUAAGGGUGAACACACCAGCCCAACGGUUUCAACUGUCCAGUCAAGCAGCCGGUGCUGCUUCCUUACUCCCCCGUGUCUGUCAAAGUGCCUCGAAGGCCCAAAGGAAAAUUAAGGUUGGGGGAGGGGUCCAUUUCCUUCCCUCCUGCCCCUUCACCUCAUACUUUGAUCAAGGGAUGUCUUCUUCCUUGCUUGAGAGUUAAGAGACUUGCCACCCAUGGGCUACAUUUGCCUAGUUUUGUCAUGGAGAUUUCUUACCCUUCAGAAACACACCUUGAGCAGAACCAGCUGAUUUUCUAUUGAACCUUAAUGUACUACCCCCCCACUCCGUCCCCCGGCCACAGAGACCCUAAACAGCAAAAGGUUAGGUUGCUUCCUGCCACCAGUCCGUACAGCUUGAGUACGGCCAGCCUGUCAUGCCUUUCUCAGAUCCACAGGGAGCUCAGCCGUCUGUCCCUGUCACUGGCUCAGGUUCACCUCUGUGGGUCCCUGUCCCACAGCUCUGCUGGAAAGGGGUGGGGCUGUUGAAUGAGGACCUGCAUCCUCCUUCCUCUGUCCCUGUAGGCCGGGCCUCCCUGCCUCUGGGCUUGAAACCAGUGCUCGGAGCUGAUGGGAUUUGCCCUAACGCAGGCUCUUCACAAGAAGCACCCUGGAUGCUGAGUUUCUGUAUAUAGCUGCAUAGGUGGCUUUCAGCUUGCUCCCAACUAGUUGUGAAGUUUCGGUUGCCUUGAUUUUUCGGUGGUAGUUGUUUUAAAAUGGUGAUUUCCCCUUCACCUGCACCCCACUAACUUAAAAUACUUUGGUCAGCUUGUGGUUGGACAAGUUUAGAAUCAGAAUCAGAAGGCAUCUCCCCCAGAACAGUGUGCGGUGCAGAGAGAGAACCACUUACCCGGACCCGUGCUUUUCCAUGCCUUCGUCCUGUCUCUCUCCCCCUUUGAUAAGGAACUCGGGAAUUUUGCUGUUGCGCUUGGGGAACCACCUGGGAUUGUUGCUGCUCCUGCUUUUGCUGAUGGCCUUGAGGUCUCCUCUGACCUUGAGGCCUGUCCUGGUUACUGAGGUGUCCUUCAUGUGAGAAGGGGCUGUCUCCCGGGACAGCUCAGACUCAGUUCUCCACAGUGUCCCCACGCUAGGGGCCGUGCUUCUCUAAGCUCCGGAAAUCAGAUGGCUGGCCUUCCUUGUGUUUAGGUUUUGGGGGACAGAUGGAAACACCAUCCAGAGUUCCAGAAUCUCGUGAGUUGCCUGGAAGGAGGCUGCAUCUUCUCUCAAAACUUCCAUCAUCUCAGUGGUCGUCAUCCCAGUGGGGUGGCAUGUGCACUUUAACCGCUCCCUACAGUCCGCUUCACUUUCGAGACAAUCAACUAUGCUAACUGUUUUCUUUGACAAUGGAGAGGGUUAAAAACAUGCAGAUUGCCAUAAUUCAGCCUUUGCCAACAUUCCAUCCUCUACCCCCAUGAGAGCUGUCUGUGGGGAAGAAAUCCUUAUCAAGACUUUUCUUUUUGGAAAGGUACAAAUCUUACCUGUUUUCCUCUCAUGUCUCAGGGUAAUACCACUAACAGUUGUUCCUUUGCUGAUAUUCUCCCUUAUUUGUUGUCUUCCCAAGCCCCUAGUAUUAGCAGUAGUGAGCACACAUUUUUAAGAUCCUUGGGCUUUGUCGUACCUUUAUUUGGAGAGUGGGUGUUAGUGUAUAGGGUUUAUAACUAGGCCCCGCCUAAAAUAAAGGUAGCACCAUAACCUUAGGGGCCAGAACUCCAUCCCGAAGGUACCGUUCACAGAAGCGCUUUAUAUUUCAUCCAUUGGUCACAAAGUUCUUUUUCCAUAGCCGGUUCUUUCUCCCCAAGGAUUUGGUAUCGGCCUUGGAGCUGCAGUUGUUGAUACAGCGUUGAUGGGGGGGCCAGUUGUGCCCAGAGGACAGCUAAGCCCAGGGACUGGGGUGGGAGCGCGUUGAGAGAGACGGUCCUGGUGAGUGGGUUUCAGCAGCCAUGAAGAGGGUGGCUUGCAGGGGACCCCAGACACUGCCAAGGGGUGUGGACACACUUGGAAUGUGGAAGCCCAGAAAGAACGCUUCCAAUUCCACGGCGGCAGUGGAUGAGGGAUGUGUGUCUUGCCUUCCUGCAGCGGGACAGUGUGGCACACACACCUGUGUUCCUGGGGUCACGGCCCCACCUGGCGCUGUUGCUCCGAUUGACCCUCGGAGACAAGGAAAGGGGCAAAGAGAUUGUUUUGGUUCGGUUCUUCAUUUUCUUUCUUUCUUUCCAUGUAGCGUAAGAUUCCUAGUUAACCGGAGCUUUGGGAUCUACUGCCUGCUGGCCAGGUUUUAAAGUGAAAAGUCUUUUAGUGCUGCCAUAAGAGGGAAAAAAACAAAGGCUUCUUUCCAUGUACCAAUCGGAUUUCAUUUGUCAAAAGCUCGACAGGCCUUGGGUGAGUUCUCCAUCUUGCUAAGGUUUAAAGACAGGCAGACCCAGCUGCCUAAAGUCUCUCCUGCCGCAGACGGUGACAGCCUGCUCCGGACACCCAGGCUGAGCCCAGUCUCUGCUCACCCCAGUGUUCACCCUGCUUGAAUGCCUCUGCCUUUUGUGACCACCUGCCAGGAUGAGCAGCUCCAGAGCACUGACAGGGGCCUGCCCGGUCGGCUGGCCCACGGUCGCGGUUUAGCCUGAGGUUUCUGGCGUGUUGCCCCACCGGGCGCGCAGGGGACACGAGGACACGCAGGAGGGUGAUUACCAUGCACCUUAUACCUCUGCUCUCGUUUGUUGUCCUCAAAUGCUAAAUGAACGUUUCUGUGCUGAAUCCUAUUAGAUAAAAAGGGGUUAAAACCCAGAUGCUGUAUAUUAAUUUGUAAUUAUGUAUAAAGUGAAGCAGUUUUAAACUGUAAAGAUUUUUUCAGUGUGUUUUCUGGAAUUCUGCCACAACGUACUGGCUUUGUAUUUUAUUUAUCUUCCUUUCUGGUUAGCGGCUUCCGACCCUUGUAAAGUCCCCCUCCACCCUUUCAAAAAAAAAUAAUUAAUAAAUGUCCUUUACGUCCCGAU